CAGUGUGAAACCGGCUUUAGACAUGAAACUCAUCCUCCUAACCCUGCUGGUCGCGUUCGCCGUGGCUGACGUCUCCCAUAUCGUCCGCUCCAACUCAAACGACCGCGAAGCCAAGAUCCUCAAGCAAGAGCUGGACGUGGGCCUGGAGGGCCAGUACCAGUGGUCCAUCGAAACAGACAAUGGCAUCGCUGCACAUGAGCAUGGACAAUUGAACAACGCCGGCUCUGAAAAUGCAGCCCAAUCCGCUCAAGGUCAGGCCCAAUGGACAGCUCCUGACGGUCAGGUGAUCUCGCUUGCCUACAAGGCCGACGAGAAUGGAUACCAGCCCGAGGGUUCCCAUCUGCCAACGCCACCUCCGAUUCCAGAAGCCAUUGUGCGCGCUCUCGAGUACAUCCGUGCCCACCCCCCACCUCCAGAGAAAAAAUAAACCUUUGACUAAUAAACAUACAUAAGUAAAAUGUGAAACAUAUUCUACUUCAUAUAAUUCAAUAUGUCUGCUAACUAUUGAGACAAAGAUAUAAAGCGAACUAACGCUACCACGCUCAGAAACGUCAAAGUAACGUCAAUUGUCUAACCGUCGUAACUAGCAUAAGCAACUGUUUUCAGAGGAAAGUAUUUUCAGUCUACCAUUUCACAUCUUGAACUGAAGCUCUUGUCAAACUCGAGAUCAUCAACGCUUUAUAUUCAUAUGCAAGAAAAGUAGACAUACUGAUGGUGGCAAAUAUUUGCUUUUGAAACCUUAUUAAGAUAGUACGUCUUGCUCAGUUAUAACAAUGACAGAUACGCUAGUUAGAAAGCUGAGAGACGACUUCAAAGAUUAAACAAUAGUUUCGUAGACAU